AUGGAUGACUAUAUGUUUCACCAACAUGUUCAGGACUGUGAGAUUGUGACGGAGGCGACGAGUUAUUUAGAAAUCCUCAACUACUCGGAUCCGACUUAUAACACCAACGAGGAACAUCGCGAUGCCGCUACUCUGGAUGAGUUUGAAAAUUUCAUCAAUCGCCAGGGGGUCUUUGAGCCACCAAAACUAAAAGCAGGCGUGAAGUUGCUGAGCGGAAUACGGCUAGUUCUCCAAAAAGAUGCACAGGAUCCCGACACGUUUACACCCCGGCACAUCUCCUUCUCGGCCGAAAACUACGAGAAGAUGGUGCGCGUGAUGCGGCUCCCAUUCCGCGCCAUCGAGGGGACCUCGGUGGUCGGCCCCUUUUUCUGGUCGGCCAUGGACCAGGACGACGAGGACCCGCACUUGCAGGUGAUAUUCCGCAAGUCAGACGUGCGCAAAAAGGGCAAGACGCGCGGCUGGGAGCUCAUGCUUUCGCACUCGUUCGCCACGGGCAUCACCAACGGCUACGCCAAGGGCACGCCGUCGUCGGACCUGGUAAAGUGCGUCACGCACCUGCGCGCCUGCGCCGCCCAGGUCCGCCACCCCAUGCUGCUGCCUGUCAUCAUCAUCAGUCACGACCUCAGCGCGUCGACGGACCAGAAGCAGCGCGACGCCAGGGACUGGAUCCGCAGGCUCGAGGAGGCCAUCAGCAUGCGCGAGGAGGUCAUGGCCGAUGAGACGUACGCCCGCUCCAAGCUAGGCCUCGACCUCGACCAGCUGAACAGGGACCUCGUCGAGUGCCACUCCCAGGUCCUGUGGAAGAGGCCGCAGGCAUACCUGCAGAUCAUCAAGACCAUGGAGGACGCCAUGCACAGGUUCCACACCAAUAUGCUGUUACUAUCCCCGCCUUCGGAGCCACGCGAACAAAAUGCUCAAGACCACGACAGUCAAAGCGACAGCCACAGUAGUAAAGGCAACAAACCCCAAAAGCAGCAACAGCAACAGCAACAGCUCCUCGACGGAGACCUCGACCGCCAGCACCGCAGCAUGCUCUCGCGGCUGGACUUUUACCGCGCCAAGCUCAACGGCGUCGAGCACUACGCGCACACGACGCUGGCGCGGCUCAAGAUCCAACGCGCUGCCCUGUACAACGUCAUUGCGCAAAAGGAGAGUAAGCUCAACCUCGAGAUGGCCGGCCAGCAGCGGCGCCUGGCCCACGCCUCGAAGCGCGACAGCAACAGCAUGAAGACGUUGUCGCUGCUCGGUGCCAUAUUUUUGCCCGCCACGCUGCUCAGCUCCAUCUUUGGCAUGUCGUUUUUCGACUUUAUGCCGCAGCAGGGCGAGCCCGUCGUCGCCAGCACGCUGUGGAUCUUCUUCGCCACCUCGCUGCCGCUGACUGGCUUGAUCCUGCUCGUAUGGCUCAUCUGGGAGCGCAAGCGUGAAAAGGCGCACGCCGAGGAGGAUGAAGACCUCGAAAAGGGCAUCGAGCGUAUGGAGGCCCAGAUCAUGGCCACCAUGCGCCGUCGCACCCUCAGCAAGGCACGCACUUUUGAGUGGUCCGGCAACGGGAAGCCACCCGGUCCGCCGUUGGUUAACGACCCAGGGAGCAGAGUGCUGGUCGCCAAGGACACGCUCGACUUGGCCAAGGACAGGAUCAAGGACAGGAUCAGGGAGGCUCGUGACAAGGAAAAGGAAGGAUGA